AUUUGAUCAAUGAUCUGAGCAGCGACAGAGACAGAUGACAAGACUGAUCUCCCUUUUUCGGGUCUCAAGCAUGAAAAACAACAAAAUAACAAUAUGCUUGGUGACAAUAUUUUUUUUGUUGGUCCUCCAUCUCUAUAAAGAUUUUAUUGAGACCAAAACCAUCAACCUCCACACAGAUGUGAAAGAGGAGAACCGUCAAACAAGGCAGCGCACCAAAAAGUGGUCCAAUCUAUACUCCUGGCCAAAAUGUCAACAAAAUAUUUCAGCUGACAGCAUCACAGGCUUCAGCUCUCUUCCAGGUAAUGUAAAAGAUUUUCUCUACUAUCGUCACUGUCGCCAUUUUCCCAUGCUACUGGAUUUUCCUGACAAAUGUGGAGGAGCUGAUAAAUCAGCAGAAGUCUUCCUUCUACUGGUCAUCAAAAGCUCCCCCACGAACUAUGACCGCCGAGAGGUGCUGCGCAAAACCUGGGCUCAAGAGAGGCUACACAAUGGUGUGUGGAUCCGGAGGAUCUUCAUCUCAGGAACGAUGAAUUCUGGUUUUGAGAAAGAAAGACUGAACAAACUACUUGAACUGGAGCAACGUGAGUACAGCGACAUCCUCCAAUGGGACUUUAGCGACACCUUCUACAACCUCACCUUGAAGCAAAUACUCUUCCUGGAAUGGAUGGAAAGAAACUGUCCAAAAGCUCACUUCCUGCUAAAUGGUGAUGAUGAUGUUUUUGCCAACACAGACAGCAUGAUCGAGUAUCUCCAAAGCCUCAAGGACAAUAAUGGAAGCAAGCACCUCUUUACUGGCCAUUUGAUCCAGAAUGUCGGGCCCAUUAGAUUAUCAGGCAGCAAGUAUUUUAUCCCAGUACAGGUGCAUGAGUCAGAUUCAUACCCCCCCUACUGUGGUGGUGGGGGCUUCCUGUUGUCUGCCCAUACAGCUAUGGUUAUAUACAGUAUGUCCCAGUCCACUCCCAUUCUUCCCAUUGACGAUGUUUAUAUGGGGAUGUGUCUGGCUAAGGCAGGACUAGGUCCUACUUCCCAUAUAGGUGUGAAGACCGCAGGACUGUACAUCCCCUCCAGAAAACUAGAUGAGUAUAAUCCUUGCUAUUAUAAAGACAUUUUAUUGGUACACAGAUUCCUUCCACCUCAAAUGUAUCUUAUGUGGAAGAGAAUACAUGAUCCCAAGCUGCGAUGUGGUCACCAAAAUAAACAACGUUAGUAGCAUCAAACUGCCAUUUAACUGUGAUGACUGUGCUUGUUGACCUGCACUUAGGCUGUGAGUGCAGGCACGACCUUCUUACUUGUGUCAUGGCAAAAGGUUUGAACAGUUUUUCUACCAGUUUUUAUGAUGUGUGUAAUCUUUGUAAGUACCAUACAGCUGCUUUGAUGGGCCUGAAAAUGUAACCGCAACAAUAGCAACAAUAAUUAACAUCUUAACAAGGGCUGGGCUGACAGUGACCUAAAAGUCCAGCUGAAACCAGUUCUGAACAGCGGUUGUUCAUAGCUUAACAACCAUGAGUAGUCACAGGGGUCCUGUGAAAAUUUCUCCACAUGCUAAAGCAGCAUGCAUGGGGCUGAAUUAAGAGUGAUACUCAGUAGAUAGAAUAUUUGGAGGGUAUGGAACAUGCAAGAACAAAGAGCUUCACACAACAGUAACUAAAGGGGGCAGGGCUUAGCUAAUCAGAAAUUCAACUUUAUGUAAAAACAUAUUCCUAAAUAUAGCUUCUUGGUUAAUAUUCAGUGGUUUCCCUUUCAGCAAUGAGUAAAGCAAACAAGAGUUUCAACAAUUGAUUUAUUAUGAAAUAAAUAAAAUGUUGUUUCAUGAUUUAACUAAGAUUUAGCUUGCAGGAGGUUACACCGGUUACUUGUUUGUCCCACCCUGACUGUAGCACACAUAUGUUUGCACAUUUUUGUGCAGAUCCAGACAAUAAACCGGAUCUGGUGGAAGAAAAUGUCCUUGGUGAAGGUAUGUGCUGUAGUGACUGCCAUUCUAAUUCCUCAGGCUUUUGUAAGACUAAUAGUGUAUUGUAAUGUUAUUUAAUUGCUGGCUUAAGUUCAUAUGUUUACAGUUUUCUUUUAUUUAUUUAUUUUUUCCAGUAUAACCUGUAUAUUUGUGUUAGCACAAUAUGUUGAGAAAGAGAUGAAUGUUUUUGUGCCUUCGAUCAGUGCUUCUCAACCAGAACCAAAAACAGGUUUUUCAGGAUUUACAUUUCUGUCCUGUCAAAUAUAACAAUCCUAAUCAGGUGUCGGUAGUAAGGAAUAAGGGGUCUCCAGUAACGACUCGUGAAAUGAAUGCUUAAAUCUAAUGAAUGCUUAAAUCUAUUUUAUUUUCAUUCUGCUAAGAGAAUAUGUACAGUAUUUUUGUGCUAUUUUAUUAUUAAAAAUGUUUUAGAUGAAA